AUGAUAGAUAAGCCACAUGAUGAUCACAUCAGCAAAAAUGCUGCACAUCAAGCGGUCUCUAUAUGGGAGAAAGGUGUCCAGAAAGAGAGAGACGGUUCGAUGAAUGAUGCUAUAAAAUUCUAUAGGCAAGCAUUAAAGAUAGACGAAAAGGUUGAGAAAGUGUACAGAAAGAAGCUGCAUGAAGAAUGGGCACUACAAAAGAAGCUAGCGGAGGUGAGUAUCUCCCCGGCUGAAGACAAUGUGGCAGCUGAGCCCAAGAAUGAAGAUAACGAAGCUGAACAGGAACAGAAAGUUCUGCCCUGUUGGAUUCUAGAACUGUUGCCGAACGAUUUGUUGUUGAAGAUUGUCAGACAAGUGGUGUUAACUUCGGGAGAGUCAUGGCUGAACCUGUCACUAACUUGUUCGAAAUUUAAUGAGCUUUGCCUUCAGAAUACAGUCCCUUACAAAGUCUUUGCAUCCUACAUUUAUGAGAAACAACGUUAUGACCAGGCCUCCCUCGAAUUGAAUCAAAUAUCCGACUUGCACAUACUAGAGGAGGACCUAUGGAAAACAAAUCACCAGAAGAUGUUGAAGGACAGGCCAUACAUAAAAUUUCAAGGCAUAUACAUUAGUAUUGUGAACUACCUCAGACACGGAGCCAAUGCCGAGGGCUCUUUAUCGCUCAUCAAUCCGAUUCAAAUGAUAACUUACUACAGAUAUUUUAGGUUCUACCCAGAUGGUCGGUGUCUGCGACUGGUUACCACAGAUGAACCAUCCCAUGUUGUAAGCCAUUUUUCUGACAAAACCACACCCAAAGGCAGCGAAAUUUGCCGCUGGAGCCUAGCCCUUGACGAUAAUCUUGGUCGCUUAAAUAUUAGAAGGUCUGAUGAAAAGUAUUCUUACUUCGAAGAGCUACAGAUCAAGAGUCAGGGCCAUAAGAGACAUAAUCGUUUGAGCUGGAUCAAUUCUCUUGUCAUAGAUAAGGAGGGAAACGUAUCCGAAUGCUCAUUACGGAAUGAAAAGCCCUUCUUCUUCUCAAGAGUACGCUCUUAUGCCCAGGAAUCAUAA